GAUGGAGCGGCGGACGCGUCUUGGAUGCGUGUGGAUGCCGCAAGGAGCUGGUCCUGCGCAAUGGUGACGUAGAGAUCUUUGGCCUGGAUGUCGUUCCACUGGAUGGAGACGAGGUCGGAGUAGCGGAGGAAUGCCGCGAACAUGAGGAGUGGGAUCAGUCCUUUCUGAUAUUCUGCCGGGCUGCUCGACUCAAGGAAGGGGUGUGCCAUGGCGUGCACCUGGUGGAGCGACAAGGGUUCUUUCGUCCUGGUGGUGCACGGGCCGUGGCGUUUGGAGAAUUCAAGGACUUGUGAAGUGAAAGGCCCGCUAGUGGGAGAGGGUUCUCCGGUCAUCCGAUGUGCAAAUGCGACGGCGGAGCACGUAAGGGAUAUGGCGGAUACUGUGGCCUGAUUGUUGAGGGCAUAGACAAGGUAGAGCGCUAGAGUGGUGUCUGUGGCAGGCAGGUAGCUCAGCUUGACCUUCGUGCAAAAGGAGCGGAACUUGAGCCAAUACGGCUCGUAGGUCCUUAUGGUGGAUGGCGCGCGGACAUGACUGAUUACCCGAAGUAGCUGUGUCUGUAGUUUUGAUAAUAAGCCUGAAAUACAGAGAGCCCAGGCACGGUGGGGUUAUAUUUUAUAU